GGAGGAGGAGGAGGAGGUUUGUUGAGUUGAUUCUGUCUGUGCUCCUGAAUUGAGUUCAGUUUAAUCAUUUUAAUUGAUUUACAUUAAAUUUAACUUCUUCAAUUAAUUUCUUAAUUUCUUUGGUUAAUAUCUUCAUCUUGUUACCUGGACCCUCUGGACCCUCUGGACCCUCUGGACCCUCUGGCUGAUGGACAUGGAGGCUUCCUCGCUCCUCUCCCGGCCGCAGCCGCCGGAGCUCAGCCCCGGAGGAAGCAGCGGCUCCUCGGCGCCUCCUUCCCCGCCGGAGUCUCCGCUCCAGCCCCGCUCCCUCCGCUCCCUCCGCCCCUCCUUCCUGAUCCGGGACAUCCUCGCGGACAGUCGACCCGGUCCUGACCCGGGACAGCCCGAACUGGAGGAAGAUCCUCAGGAUAAAAGUCCGAGCAGCGGCUCAGAAAGUGAGAGUCGAGUUAUCGAUCAGCUGUUUCUGAUUGUAGGUGGGGCGUUCAGGAAACCUCGGAAAUCUCGCACUGCGUUCAGCGAACAUCAGCUGUCGAAGCUCGAGACAAGUUUCCAGAACCAGAAAUAUCUGAACGUCCAGGACCGGAUGGAACUGGCUGCUGCUCUGAAGCUCAGCGACGCUCAGGUCAAGACCUGGUACCAGAACCGCAGGACCAAGUGGAAGCGUCAGUCCUCUGCUGGUCUGGAGCUUCUGGGUGAAGUUGGCUCCAUGUUUCUACCCUCACACCUGUUCCCUCAGACCCUGACAACUAUGGACCUCCACCUGUACAGAAGCCACGCCCACCCGCACCAGAGGGCCCCGCCUCCGCUGAGCUGCAUGCUAGCAGACAGGGACAACAGCCCAGUGUGAGACACGAGGUCUGUUCAGUCUGGAGAUGAGACGAAGAGACGAGGACGAGAUGUGAGGACGGUGUUUGUCUUUGAGGAUGAUCAUGUUUCUGCUUUUUCAAGUUUUCAAUAAAAACUAAACAGAAUGAA